AUGAAGCCACGAAAGUCUUCGUUGAAUCCAUAUGCAGCCGCAUACGUUCCCGUCUCUAAAAGGGAUGCUAAUGCUAAUGCUACUGCUAGAUUUUACGCGACGGAAGAAGAGAACAACACUUCGCAAGACUACGACGGGACUGCGUGGUUUCCGGCUCCUCAGUAUGCUGCAAAUAAUGUCCAGCUGCUGAAGAAAAACCCGCAAAGACUCUCUCCGGGGAAGAGUCAGCCGGGUUCUAGUUCUUACUUUUCAUCGCAGCAAAGUGUAGCGCCGCUGGCUGAUAAGCAUUUUAUGGAUGAGGAUGUUGAUAUUGAUUUGGAGUAUCUUAGGAUGACGUUCCCGGGGAUAUCUGAUGAGUCACUUGUAGAUGUUUACAAUGUAAACGGUGGGGAUCUGGAUGCUGCUGUUGACAUGCUUAGCCAACUUGAGUUUGAUGAUGCUGUUGACUCUUCUGGAAAUCUUCCAGACUCACUGGAUAUUGGUGAUGUUUCAGAGCCUGCUUUGCCAGCUAAUUCCGCUUCAUCAAAACAAAAGAAUGCAACAGCUGAAGCCACGUUCCAUUGUAUGAAUAUGAAGGCCAGUGAGAACAAAGUUGGCCAAAAGAGUUAG